AAGCCUGAGAAGCUGGACAAGCCAGAGAGCUGCGAUAAUGUCAAAGUUGUCGUUCGAUGCCGGCCUCUUAAUGAACGGGAGAAAGCUACGGGCUACAAAAUGGCAGUCAACGUGGAUGAAAUGAGAGGAACUAUAACUGUUCACAAAACAGACUCAUCCAAUGAGCCUCCCAAGACAUUUACGUUUGACACUGUGUUUGGACCGGAGAGUAAACAGCUGGAUGUCUAUAACUUAACUGCAAGGCCUAUUAUUGACUCUGUCCUGGAAGGAUACAAUGGUACAAUUUUUGCAUAUGGCCAGACUGGAACAGGCAAAACUUUUACCAUGGAAGGAGUCCGAGCAGUUCCUGAGCUGAGAGGCAUCAUUCCCAAUUCCUUUGCCCAUAUAUUUGGUCACAUUGCCAAGGCAGAGGGGGAUACGAGGUUUUUAGUUCGUGUGUCUUACCUGGAAAUUUACAACGAGGAAGUGCGGGACCUGCUGGGUAAAGACCAGACACAGAGGUUAGAGGUUAAAGAGAGACCUGAUGUGGGAGUUUAUAUCAAAGACCUCUCAGCUUAUGUUGUGAACAAUGCAGACGACAUGGACAGAAUCAUGACUCUGGGACACAAGAACCGUUCUGUUGGUGCCACAAACAUGAACGAGCACAGCUCCCGUUCACACGCCAUCUUCACCAUCACUAUUGAGUGCAGCGAGAAGGGGGUUGAUGGAAACAUGCACGUGCGCAUGGGCAAACUUCACCUUGUCGACCUCGCUGGUUCUGAAAGACAGGCAAAAACUGGAGCCACGGGGCAGCGACUGAAGGAAGCUACGAAGAUCAACCUCUCUCUUUCCACGCUGGGGAAUGUUAUCUCUGCGCUGGUGGAUGGCAAGAGCACCCAUGUGCCCUACCGUAACUCCAAACUUACACGGCUCCUUCAGGAUUCCCUGGGGGGCAACUCCAAAACCAUGAUGUGCGCAAACAUUGGUCCAGCAGACUACAACUACGACGAGACCAUCAGCACUCUCAGGUAUGCAAACCGAGCCAAGAACAUAAAGAACAAGGCCAGGAUUAACGAAGAUCCCAAGGAUGCCUUGCUGCGCCAGUUUCAAAAAGAAAUUGAAGAGCUUAAGAAAAAACUGGAAGAAGGGGAAGAGAUAUCUGGCUCCGAGACCAGUGAUUCUGAAGAGGAGGAUGAAGAUGACGAUGGCGAGGUUGGAGAGGAUGGGGAGAAGCGGAAGAAACGGCGGGAUCAAGCAGGCAAAAAGAAAGUUUCCCCUGAUAAGAUGGUAGAGAUGCAAGCAAAGAUUGAAGAGGAGAGAAAAGCUCUUGAAACUAAACUUGAUAUGGAAGAAGAAGAAAGAAAUAAAGCCAGAGCUGAACUGGAGAAGAGAGAAAAAGACUUGCUUAAAGCUCAACAAGAGCACCAGUCCCUGCUGGAGAAACUGUCUGCACUGGAGAAGAAAGUGAUUGUGGGAGGAGUGGACCUGCUGGCAAAAGCAGAGGAGCAAGAAAAGCUACUGGAAGAAUCCAAUAUGGAACUGGAAGAACGAAGGAAGAGAGCAGAACAGCUUCGCAAGGAGCUUGAGGAGAAGGAGCAAGAACGCUUGGACAUCGAGGAGAAGUACACCAGCCUGCAGGAAGAAGCGCAGGGGAAGACCAAGAAGCUGAAGAAAGUUUGGACCAUGCUUAUGGCUGCAAAAUCGGAGAUGGCAGAUCUGCAACAAGAGCACCAGAGAGAGAUUGAAGGAUUACUAGAGAACAUUCGGCAGCUGAGCAGGGAACUCCGUCUUCAGAUGCUUAUCAUCGACAACUUCAUUCCUCAGGACUACCAGGAAAUGAUUGAAAACUACGUUCACUGGAACGAGGACAUUGGAGAAUGGCAGCUGAAAUGUGUUGCGUAUACAGGAAACAACAUGAGGAAGCAGACGCCUGUCCUGGAUAAAAAAGAAAAAGAUCCCUUUGAGGUGGACCUUUCCCAUGUUUACUUAGCUUACACUGAAGAAAGCUUGAGGCAAUCUCUGAUGAAGCUGGAGAGGCCGAGGACUUCAAAAGGAAGAUCCAGGCCCAAGACAGGAAGAAGGUGAAGAACUUUGGAGUAUCUCUGCCGUGGGGAUUUACCCAGGGGAAGGUUUAAGUUUGUACAUGCAAACAUGCCGUGAGUCUUCAAACGCUUGCUUAAUGAGAAGA